UCUAACUCUGCACAGCCAAUUGCGGCGACACUGGUCUGGCGCAACUUUGAAAGUUCCCUGUGUCGGUCUGGUGCAACAUUGAAAGUUACCUGAAUCAGUCAACUGCAACAUUUAGGAGACACACAUUAAAUGGUUUCAAAUUUGCGGGUGUUAUCGCGUAUUCUGGGGUCCGGAAAUUUUCAUUUCAGAUGGUUCAAUGGCAUUUUAAUACCAGUCGGAUUGCAGGACUAACGUCUGAUACGAAAGUAUAACGGAAGUUACCUGAGUGAGUGUUGCGCAACAGUACCCACGCAGCACACAAGCAACUACAUGCGCAACACCUGUCACGCCAACUCAAGCAACUACGCGACCUACUUCUUGAAAACACGACCAUGGCGGACUUGUCGAGCGUGUCUAUUUGGAUUAAAGUGUGUCUGGUUCUCGUGCCUUUGGGAGGAAUAUUUCAUCUGAUAGGUUUUGCAUCACCGUAUUGGAUCUCAGCAACGGGUGUGUUCCACAAUGGAAUCUGGCGAACUUGCAAUACUUUACACUGUCUUGACUAUCUGGAUGCUGCGGUUUUGGCAGGCUGGUUACGCGCAACUCAGUUUUUUGAGACAGCCGGGUUGAUCGCCAUUGCAGUUGCAGUCGUCCUAUUAUUCCUGUCUAUCUUUCUGCAGGCGUUCAAGGACAAGACUAUCGUCACCAUCAUCAACGCCAUAGCAUGUUUCGGUGCUUCGGGAUCAAUCAUCAUCGGCGCCAUCAUCUAUGGCAGUCAGGAGGGGGUUGCACAAUACCUCAGCUGGGCGUUCGCGCUGUGCAUUGUGGGAGGAAUACUGGAGGGUGUGGCAGGCGCACUUAUCAUAGUGGGAACGUUCGUUAUCAGAAGAACAUAAAUAAUUAGUCUAGCCGAAGCAGUGUAUGAUAUAUAGUCUAGCCGGAGGAGUGUAUGAUUUCAAUAUUUGAUGUACAUUUAAGUUUGAAGGAGCUUUCCUCAUAUAUACAAUAUUAUAGAGAGGUAAUUUGUUUUACUUUGUGAUAAAGGAUAUUUGGACAGAAUAAGAUGUUAUUUGGAACGCAGACAGUCCACUUGAGAUACACGCGAUUUGAUAAGUAAACCUAUUUACCAUCCGUUAACAAAUGAUCUUUUGCAUCCUGUAAUAUUCUCAGUGGACCAGUACAACUAGCAGUGGUAAAUAUAGAAUAGUUUUUGGUUGGAAAUGUUCUGGUUGCAGUAGAAUUUAGGGCGAGUUUGGACCACAAAAAUGUUCAUUCACUCCCAUCUCACAGGACGUCGACUUAAGCUAUGUGGGGUUACUUCCCUUUAA